UUGGACGGCAAAAUUGUCUUGUGGAACUUUUCGACCCGAAAACACCACAAAUUACCGGUCGCACCAAUAAUCGAGUUUCUGCGCGGAUUAGGCAUUUGGUCAUUUAUAGGUUAUGGGUUUGGGUAUGAUUCUAUUCGCGAUGACUACAAGUUGGUGAGGAUUGUACAGUACUAUGGCGAAAAAGAUGAUUCACUUUAUUUUGAAGUUAUGGUUUAUAGUCUGAAAUCGAAUUCGUGGCAAAGGAUUCAAGAUUUCCCUUAUUACCUCCCAUACAACCCAGGCCUGCUACAGAAUGCUGUGUUUGUUAGAGGGGCUUUGCACUGGAUUGUGUGUCGAGAACCCAGGUCGGUUGAGGCAAACUUGAUAGCUGCUUUUGAUCUUGGGGUUGAGGAAUACCGGUUGGUGCCACAGCCUGAUUAUUUGGAUAAGAAUAUUGGUAUGAGUCUGGGGUCAUUAGGAGACUGCCUUUGCAUAAAUUGCAAUUAUGCUAGAAGAGACCGAGUUGAUAUAUGGGUUAUGGAAGAGUAUGGGGUGAAGGAAUCUUGGACUAAAUUGUUUUCUGUUAAGCAAUUUGGUGAUGUGAGGCCUCUAGCAUAUUCAAGGACUGGUGAGGAAGUACUUCUGUACCAAGGACAUGCAAAGCUUCUUUGGUUCGACUUGAAAAGGAAAACACUCAAGAAUGUCAGGAUUCCUGGUUGGCCGACUUUCUAUGAAGAUCCAAUUUGUGUGGGAAGUCUAGUUCCACUCCCGGUGGAUGAGAUGGAAAAAGCAGCAAGAAUGAGAGAAGCUGACAGCAAGAAGAAUAGAAAGGAGAGAUCAUUUUUUUAUGGAGUAUGGAAGAAGAUAGUGUACUCGAACACAACUUAACUUAUCUGAUGAUGGUGUGCGGCACAAAGGGCAACCUAUAGAAAUCAUAUGAGGGAUUCCACGUGGACAUCAUUAGCAGACAAUGCUAGAUGCAGUUAUUUUUCUAAUUGUCUAAUGUUUUGUUUUGGUUAUGUAUAAUUAAACUUGAUGACUGUACAAUACGUAUCACACUAGAAUUAACUCAUGUACAUCUUUUACUCUAUUUAAAUUUAACUAAGGCAUGUAAUUCAUGUUUUAUUUAAACUUGAUAUUGUAUC